UAAAUACCUUCUUCACCUUAUUUCUCUCUCUUUGUCUCUCUCUCUCAUCUUUUGGCUCUUCUCAUCAUCGGAAAUGACGCGUGACACCCAAUUCCCGUGUGACCCCGCCGGUGUUUGCAUGCGAUGCAAAUCGACGCCUCCGCCGGAGGAAUCUCUCACUUGCGGCACUUGCGUUACGCCUUGGCACGUGUCCUGCCUUUCUUCACCUCCCAAAACCCUCGAAUCUACUUUACAGUGGCUUUGUCCUGAUUGCUGCGGUGAAACCGAUGCUCUUCCUGUUUCCGGCGUUGCGCCCGGAUAUGGAUCUGUUGGUUCAGAUCUUGUAGUGGCGAUCCACGAGAUUGAAGCAGAUGACUCUCUCUCUGCUGAAGAGAAGGCUAAGAAGAGGCAACAGUUACUGAGUGGUAAAGCCGUCGUCCAUGAGGAUGACGAAGAAGAGAAGAAGAGGAAGAGUAAAGGGAAAAAACCCGCUGAUGAGGAUGUGCUAUCGCACUUCCAUUGCUCAAUCUGUAUGCAGUUGCUACAGAAACCAGUGUCGACACCAUGUGGGCACAACGCUUGUUUGAAAUGUUUCUUGAAGUGGAUGAGACAGGGAAAUCGCAGUUGUGGAACAUGCCGCAGCGUAGUUCCUGAAAGCAUGAUAAGCAAUCCCCACAUCAACUUGUCCAUUGUGUCUGCUAUUAGGUUGGCAAGAUUAUCUCAGAGGGUUGAUGCGAGUACUUCUAAAGUUGUUCACGUCAUCAGUAAUGAAGACCGUCCAGAUAAAGCAUUUACAACCGAUCGAGCUAAGAAACUAGGGAAUGCGAAUGCUUCCAGCGGCAAGAUUUUUGUAACAAUCCCACGGGAUCACUUUGGUCCUAUACCAGCUGAACAUGAUCCUGUUAGGAACCAAGGUGUUUUGGUUGGAGAAUCCUGGAAGGGCCGACAUACGGCUCGGCAGUGGGGGGUUCACUUCCCACUUGUUUCUGGCAUUGCUGGACAAGCUAGUUAUGGAGCUCAAUCUGUUGUGCUCGCUGGAGGUUAUGAGGAUGAUGAGGAUCAUGGAGAAUGGUUUCUAUACACAGGAAGUGGGGGAAGAGAUCUCAGUACUCGCAACUUAAGGACUAACAGCGUUCAGGGUUUUGAUCAAAAAUUUGAAAAGUCUAAUGAAGCCUUAAGACUUAGCUGCAAACUGGGGUAUCCUGUUCGAGUUGUCAGGUCUUCCAAGGACAUGCAUUCUGCAUACGCCCCUGAGGGAGAAUUACUAAGGUAUGAUGGGGUUUACCGCAUCGAGAAAUGUUGGAUCAAAGUUGGAGUACAGGGUUCUUAUAAGGUCUGUCGUUUCCUGUUUAUUAGAUGUGACAAUGAGCCAGCUCCAUGGACCAGUGAUGAGCAUGGAGAUCGUCCAAGACCUUUGCCUAAUGUUCCGGAGCUUAAUAUGGCCACAAACCUAUUUGAGAGAAAAGAAAGUCCAUCAUGGGAUUUUGAUGAAGGUGAGGGUCGUUGGCGAUGGAUGAAGCCGCCACCUGCUAGUAGAAAGGCAGUUAAUAAUGUUAAGGAUCCUGAGGAGAGGAAAUUUUUGAGGAAAGCCAUGACAUCGGCACGGUCGAAUACGAUGAGGGCAAGACUUCUGAAAGAAUUUAAGUGCCAGAUCUGCCAGCAAGUGAUGACUAAUCCUGUGACAACACCUUGUGCUCAUAACUUCUGCAAGGCUUGUAUAGUAUCCAAAUUUGCUGGGAAAACUCUAAUGAGAGAGAGAAGCAGAGGUGGACGAACACUACGCGCACAAAAGAAUGUCAUGAAGUGCCCUUGUUGCCCAACAGACAUUGCUGAAUUUAUCCAAAACCCUCAGGUCAAUAGAGAAGUAGCAGAGGUGAUAGAGAAGCUGAAGAACCAGGAGGAGGAGGACAACACAGAACAUGUAGAUGAAGGUGAAUGCUCAGGUACCAGCCAUGAAGAAGAAACUCUGCCCGUGUCUGGAGAUGCUGAGCAACCAAAGAAACGGAUUAAGUUGGACAUUGACGCAGCAGUUUCUGCGACUGUAGUGGAAUCUGACAUGAAGUAAGUAAGUAGGGGGCUUUCCAAUGGCUCUCUUGGAUCCAACCAUCAAGUAAAGUUGGAAACUAUGUUUAUGUUUUUGUACCAAAGACUGAAAGUAAACUCUGUUACCUUAUUUCGUACGCAACAUUUGUUGAACGUAUUGCCAUAUGUUAUUUUUGAUUUUACUACAUUUGUGUUAGUAGAACGUACAAUUUGGUUCU